ACCCCUUCCCGUAAGGUCUACGAGACGUAACCAACACCGUAGCCAAGGAAGGCACGCGUAUCAGUACAUAGCAGGAAAGUAUGACUAUUAGUGGAGAGAUAUCUGAAGCUGGCAGCGAGCAACUAUCAGGCACGCAAGCAGUAAUUUAAGGUGAUCCUGAUGGCUUUCUGAUGAAACUCACCGGAUCUUGUGGUUUUGACUGAUAUAUAUAGGGGUAGAUGUCAUAACGUGACGGCGGUCUACAGUUUGCCAGAAUCUUCUGCAGGAUGGCGAUCCUAUACCGGUACUGGACUACCGAGCGGCAUCCCGUCAGAUCUGAUCUCUCACCUCGAUGCUGCAGAAGGCCCCACGCCUUCCCUCGUGUCUCGUCCUGACUGGAUCCGUAAACGCAGUCGUCAUUUCACCGUUUCCUCCAGCUGCGGUUACAGGGUGUUCAAGGUCAAUCGGGGCCGCUUCAAAUACUGUCUCUUUCCUGCGUCUCGACUCUGAGCCCUCCCUCUUCUUCUCUUCACCUGUGCAUGCAGUACCUAUACGUACCAGAAUCCACCACAUCUGCUGAGCCUGUUGAAAAUGAAUGCCAACGGUACUGUACCCCGUACACUCCCCCUCUGACAGACGGCUGCUUCAUAGGAUCUUGCGUCUGACUGGUGGAUAUCCCAGGAGCUGUCGAUCAUCUGGUAACCCAGGGGUUCACCAGAGCAGCAGUAUACUCCGUGACAGCCGCUGAUUUUGCCGCACAGGGCGGCGACUGGCAAAGAUAUAGGCGGGCCCUUCCGAUAUCCGGCUUCUCAUCGAUGGCUUCUCCGACCCGGACAAUGUCGUUGACAGAGACUUCACAAUAAACGGU